AUUAAAAAGUAAAAAAUGUAUCUUUUAUUGGCAAUUUUUCUUUGCCUCGGAAUAAAUACAAAUGCAUACAGCCCUUGGAGUUACAAUGGUACAACUCCUCUUUUAAAAGAUCUACUCAUUGGUCGUUGUUACCAAUACCAGAUAAUAGAUUCGAUUGAACGUGAGGACGAUAUGCAAGUUCAUGUCAAUUGCACAACUGAUUUGUGGAAUCUUUUUAAAAAAGCGUUUGAAAAUAAAGAUGCCUGUAAAACCACAAUAACUGAAGAAGAUUACUUGCCAGUUAUUAAUAAGGUUGCCAAUAGAAAACAGUUAAAGGACAAGGCUAUGUUUUGGUCUGGGACACGAACUGUCGUGCAUGACUUUACACAUGUUAACACCGAGUAUAUUACAUUAGAAGAUAUGUUUACUGGCUAUGUUGCAAAUGACCUUCGGUGGUGUGGAAGUGUAACCGAAGGAAUAAAUUAUGACUAUUGCAAUAAAUCCUGUCCAGAUCCCACAGGACCUUACUGGAAUUUAGUUUCAAGACAACUUGCUGAAAAAGCAGCCAACACUGUUUACGUGAUGGUAAAUGGGACAGCUAAGGGAAGGAACACAGCCUAUUACAAUGGAAGUACGUUUGGUCGUAUUGAGUUACCAACGCUUGGUUCAACUGGUAACGUAACACAUUUGCGUAUCUUAGUGGUGUUUGAUCUGGAUGAAGAACCCAAGGAAAAAUGUGGAGAAAAAAGUCUGCUUCAAAUGGUUGAAGAUGCUAAAAAGCACAAAAUACCCAAAAUUUCAUGCACAGAUAAUCCAAAAAUGGUUGAAGCGAUCCUAUGUGCGAAAUACCCGCAUGCUAAACAGUGUCAAAAAAAGGAUGAUAAAGGCCCAUGGAAAACUGUUUCGCAUGCAUUGAUAGGCGUAGCUAGUCUUUUCCUCGUCAUAAUCAUCAUUCUAUUGGUUUUUAUCUGCAAGAAAAGAAAAUUUUUGGCCAGUAAUUAUCAGUCUGAAAACGCUUGAAAACAUGCACAUAUACAUUAUCCAUCCGAUCGACCAGCAAGAUAAGCCCACCAUGUUUUAAGUGUUGUAAAUAUUUUGACUUUCUUGGUGUUAUUUUUUAAUUCUUAUUAAUACUUCUUUUACUAUUUUUACUAUUCCUUAUUAUUGUGUUAAAGUUUCUCGCAUUGGUACAGGCAUUGGUUGUAUGCAUUCUUUGUUGUUUUUAUAUUUUUUAUAUUCUUCAAGUUCGAAUUGGAAGAAAACAUCUACAGCGUAUUAUGUGUUAAAAAAUACUGUUUUUUUUUUUGUUCAAGAACAUUUUUUAGCAGAUCAGCACAAUAGGUCUUAGUUUUAGUAAAUUUAUAUUAAUUAUAUGGAAGAGUUUUUAGAAAAUUUUAUUUAGUAAAAGCAGUUAAUGGGUCUUUUUUCCACAAGUAAUCGAUUUUUCUUUUAAUUAUAAUUAUAAAAGGACAAGGGACCAAAAUGUCAGUGGCAUGGCCAAUAUUUUGACUGUCAUUUCUUAUUUUUUUUAAGCAAUUUAAAUUUACUAAGAAAAUGUUAAAUGUUUUGGUUCAGUGAAGUAUUUUUUUUGUUUGUUUGAACGCAGUCAGUAAAUUUUCUUCAUUGAAACACGCAUGAAAAUCUUUCAAUAUCAUGAACAGUUGCAUUUCGUUUUGUUUGCCCAAGUGAAGAAUUUCUUAUUCCGGAUUACAUCUUAUUAUAUCUUAUUUCUUAUACCGGAGCCUUUCAUUUGUUUAUCAAAAACUUAUUUUUCACAUAAAUCAGUUACGUUUCACAUAAAUUAGCUACGUAUCACAUAAAGUUUUUAAUAUUGCAUUUUUUAUAUAUUUUUACACAGAAAGUUUUUAAUAUUGCAUUUUUUAUAUAUUUUUACACACAUUUUUAUAUAGAAUAUAGAGUUAAGGUUAGUUUUAA